CCCCGGUAUCAGCCUGAGAAUUUUAAUAGCCUUCUUAUCAUCCUAACCCGAUAUGAACAAUCUAACCACCCUUGCCUGGCCUGUGAAGGAGAUCUGGGGCUUGCCGUUGCCUACCGCUUCUCCGCCCUCUCCAUUCGAGACGGAAUGGUUGACUAGCAUGUACCACUACUUCCUCCAGGGUCAGGUUCCCGUCACGAUUGCCACUGUGUACUUCGUAUCUGUGCAUCUCUGCAACAGUGUUGUCCGUAAGCGACAGAUUAAGCAGGCGCAAGCGAAGGACAAGAACUUUGUCGCUUCCACCAAGACCGAGAAGGAGUUAAAGAGAUUGCCCGCUGCACCUUUUUGGUUUGCCAAAACCGCAACCUUCAAGUUCUUAGUCUUGUUGCACAACAUUUUCCUCUGUGUCUACUCCGCGUGGACGUUUGUGGGGAUGCUCAGCACCAUCGCGAACGUGAUCCACAACUACUUACCGGGCUACUUCAACAUCGACUUGUCGCCAUACCCAAAGACCAGUGUGUUCUGGCAGGCCAUUUGCAACGUGGAGCAGGGAAUCCUCACCACUACGGUGCCUAAAAAUUUGUCUUUCUACGGGUUCUGGUUCUACAUGUCCAAGUUCUACGAGGUGCUCGACACUAUCAUUAUUUUGUUGAAGGGUAAGCCAUCGUCUUUGCUCCAGAGCUAUCACCACUCCGGCGCCAUGUUGUGUAUGUGGAGUGGUGUCAGAUACCAGUCCUCACCAAUCUGGAUCUUUGUCGUGUUCAACUCCUUCAUCCACACCUUGAUGUACUUGUACUACACCUUAUGCUGCUUGCACAUCCGCGUGCCAACCCUUUUCAAGAGAAGCUUGACCGCGUUGCAGAUCUUCCAGUUUGUGUUCGGUGGGUCUUUGGGUCUUUUCCACUUCUUUAUUCAAUACCAAGACUUGGGCUUGAAGGACGGGACGUAUAUUCCGUGCAUCACCUCGCCUAACCAGGCCGCCGCCAUCUUUGUUAAUGUGUCGUAUUUGACUCCAUUAACCGCAUUGUUCGGUGCCUUCUACAUUGAGAGCUACUUGACCCGUCAGAAGCCUGUUGUCAAGACCAAGAAGACGAACUAGAGAAGCUGGCCGCUCUCGAUGGCGCAACCGCCGUGUAUUUUAUCCUCAUGUAUUAAGCCAUUUCCUUAAGCACUGACUUUGACUGUAUUCUAUGCUAUGAAAUAUUGAAGCUAUAGCUUUGAGCUGCUUGAUGUAAAAUACGUGAAUAUGCCACUACACCCAGAGAGACAUAAGAUCAUUAAUGGAGAUAGGAUGGGUCGUUCGAAUAAAUGCUCAAUU